UGAUCAUCCAUGUCGUCGUUUUGAACGAAUCUCUCCUAGCGUAGGACGAAUGUAGAGAUGAAGAUGAUCGCGACUUCCUCAUGGACUUCUACAAACAGGACUUCUACAAACAGGACUUCUACAAACAGGACUGCAUUCGUUGUUGCACGACCAUGAGAAGAUGUGAUCACUAGCGGAACAGAACAAGUCCAUCACCAUUUAUUCUUACAAGCACCCCUGCAACAAUGAGCGACACGGCAGCGACCUCAGAUGCGACGUCCUCACACGCUGAUGUGGGCACCAAGCCCCAAUUCGUGACAGACAACAUGGAUGGAAAAGCGACAAACGAUAUGUUGGAAACGGAAGGACCUCCAGGAACAGGACACGAAUCCGCAUCUUCCACAUCGAGGACGAACAAUAUUUUGCAUCCCGUUUACCGUGAUGCGACGACGAUAUUGGCACCCAUGGUGCGUGCGAGCACCCUCCCAUUGCGUCUCCUCAGUCGUGACCUUGGCUGUGAUCUAGUUUACACGGAGGAAACAAUUGAUAAGCGAAUCAUUCAAGCCCAGCGAUUCCGCAAUCCCCAUUAUCCAGGAACCAUAGAAUAUUACGUGGGAGCACCUAGUAAGAAUAGUGCGGCGACAGGACGAGGAGCAGGAGCUUCUAAUAGUAUUCCUGCUGGUCCUACUGGGUCUGCUAUUCCGCCUUCUGCAACAAGUUGUCCUACUACUUCAGCUUCUACUGCGAGAAGUACUGCCUCAACAGCAUCUUCACCGGGAGAAGAAAAGGCGACAAGCAGCCCGCCAACUCCCGCAGCCACACCAGAAGAGGCAUCUUCUGUCGCCCCACUUGGUGCUUCGACGAACGGGCCGAAAGCCAAUCAUGAAGGCCAGGUCGUAUCUGCCCGCUCUACAGCAUCGGGAGUAUUCUUAGGAAGUCGCAACCCGAAUUGCAAUAAUGGCGGGGAGAGGAAAUCGGUGUUUCGGACGACCGACAGCGAAGUGCGGCAAAAUCGGACGAUCUUUCAGCUCGGUACCUGUUGUCCGGAUCGCGCUCUCGCAGCGGCCCGCGUCGUCAUCGAGGACGUAGCCGGUGUAGACGUGAAUAUGGGCUGUCCAAAGAGCUUCUCCGUCAAAGGUGGAAUGGGUGCCGCGUUGUUGUCCCAACCGCCCUUGGCAGCGCGUAUUGUGCAGAACCUGCGAGCCAAUUUGCCAAGGGAGAAGAGCGUCACUUGCAAAAUCCGUUUUGUGCGUGAAACUGACGUCAACACUGUAGAGGUGAAGAAAACGACGACUUCUUGUUCGAGUGCGGCAACCGUGGAUUCUGAUCCAGACCGGGAUGCGGCGGCCGUGCUUCGCACGCGCAAUUUGGUCAUAAAACUUCUCGAGGCAGGCGCGGACGCCGUCUGCGUGCACAUGCGCUACAUCCCGGACCGACCACGGCAACCUGCGAGAUGGCCGCUUUUCUUGGAGUUGAGGCAAGCCUUGGCGGCGCGCGGGGAGAUCACCAAUUUUCAGGGUCGUCGGAUUGAUCUAGCGAGCGCGCCUCCGCUCAUUGCGAACGGAGACUUUUUCAAUCUAGAACAGGUCCGCUGCUUUCGCAAGUUACACCCUCAAAUUCCGUUGAUGAUCGCACGUGGGGCACAGUGGAAUCUGGCACUCUUCACGCAAGUGAGGCAAAUGAUGCGAAACGAAGCAGAAAAAGAUGAAAUUAGAAACAUCGCGGCACUUGCACAAGCGCACACUGUGCCCUCACGGGAAGAGUGUCUGCGACUCUACGUGCAGACGUGCAUUGAUACGGGUACU